AUGUGUGGGAUUUUUUUCUCCUUAAGCACGGCGGGACCCGUGCUCCCAAGUGAAGAGACAUGCGAUUUGCUACGGCAACGAGGGCCAGACAGUUUCCGAGCCCACAAUGUUCACCGGGAUAUCCAGAUCCAUGACGCUAAAGAUGAUGGUCAACUCUUGAAGACUGUUCCUGCUCACUUGACCUUCAUUUCGACUGUGUUGUCAUUAAGGGGGGACCAUUUUCACUCUCAACCCCUGGUGGACAAAGAAAGUCAAUCCGUGCUCUGUUGGAACGGGGAGGCUUGGAAAGUAGCCGGAGAACCUGUUCAGGACAAUGACACGAAAUUGAUUUUUCAACUAUUCUUGCAGGCAGCUAAACCAUCAUCUGCAUCUGGGGAUGUUGUUCAACGGUUUGCGGAUCUGAUCAGUAGCAUAUCAGGCCCUUUCUCAUUCGUGUUUUAUGAUGCUCUCAGCUCGAAAUUGUUCUUUAGCAGGGAUUGUCUGGGGAGGCGGUCUCUUCUGCUUGGUAUCAAUGAGAAUGGAAGCUUAAAACUUUGCAGUUUGUGUGAUGGCACAUCUUCAACUGUUUUCGAGGAAGUUGAUACAAAUGGAGUGCACAUGAUUGAUCUCACGGCUCCUGGUACGACUACAGCGUAUAGCAUUCAAACUCUACCUUGGUCGAAUGAUAAAGACUUACGAGCGAACUGCCCCAUAAACCCAAUCCCACCAAUGAACAAAUCCGUCCCCAACGGCAAUCCCAGCUUAACCAUAGAAUCAACUGUCGUCGGUGAGCUCGAGCAAAAACUCCGCCAAUCCCUCAAGCCGAGGGUCAAAAACGUCCCAGGCCAAGGUCAAGGCCAGGACGCAACAAAAGUAGCCGUGCUAUUCUCCGGUGGCCUCGACUGCACGCUCCUCGCCAGACUCUCCCACGAAAUCCUGCCAAGCAAUGAAACAAUCGACCUCCUCAACGUUGCCUUUGAAAACCCUCGUGUUGCAGCAGCAGCCGCAAGAAGCAAAGAAACCCCCACGGAAUCAGUCUACGAAAGCUGUCCAGACCGUAUAACCGGACGAUCAGCAUUCGCAGAGUUACAAAGGAUCUGUCCAGACCGUAAAUGGCGACUUGUUGCAAUCGACGUACCCUACAUGGAAACAAUUUCCCAUCGAGAUCGCAUAAAACGCCUCAUGAGACCACAUAAUACCGAAAUGGACCUUUCAAUCGCAUGCGCGUUAUACUUUGCAUCCAGGGGACAAGGUACGGCGUACGAAGGCGAAGAAGCAUUCCCUUACACAACCCCUUCCCGUGUUUUACUCUCAGGGCUCGGCGCAGACGAAUUAUUUGCUGGGUACGGCAGGCACGGAGUCGCAUUCAAUCGCAACGGAUAUCAAGGUUUGAUCGACGAAGUACAUCUAGAUGUCAGCCGUCUUGGGAAACGAAACCUCGGCCGCGACGAUAGAAUCCUCUGCACCUGGGGUCGCGAAGCACGGUAUCCAUUUCUUGACGAGGAGUUUGUGUCUUGGGUUUUGCAGACCCCGAUCUGGGAAAAGUGUGGAUUUGGAAUGGCUGAUUCUGAAAUCCCGGAGUCAGAGAAGGGGCUUGAUGCAGAGAAGAAGGCACUCAGGCUUGUUGCUAUCAAGUUGGGUAUGGAGAAGGUCUCGCGGGAGAAAAAGCGAGCUAUUCAGUUUGGGUCUAGGACGGCUAAGAUGGAGAAGGGUCGUACGAAGGGGACAGAUGCAUUGAGCUAA